AUGAAGCCUGCACAAACGUUCGUGAUAUUAGUUUUAACUUUCCACUUCUCCGAAUCGCAAAAUUCCCCCGCAAAGGACCACAACAUACAACAGGAGAGAAUAAAAGCAAAACGACUCAUCCCUGGUAGAGUGGACCAAAAACCACACAACAAACCGCCAAAAGGAAGACGAAGCCAAAAAGAUAUACCUGGAUAUGUCGGACAAAAGAAAUACGGCGGGAUACCAGAAGGAAGAAGCCAAAAAGACAUCAUACCGGGUUAUGCUGACCCACCACGGUACAACCCAGCACCAGAGGGAAAAAGGAGUCAAAAAGAUAUCAUACCUGGUCAUGCUGACCCACUACUGUACAACGCAGCACCAGAGGGAAAACGGAGAAGCCACAGAGGUAUCAAAGCUAUUUAUGUCGGCUCUCCACCGUACAACCGAGCACCAGAAGGAAAAAGAAGCCGAAAAGACAUCAUACCUGGUUAUGCGGACUCACCACCGUACAACCCAGCACCAGAAGGAAAAAGAAGCCAAAAAGACAUCAUACCUGGUUAUGCGGACUCACCACCGUACAACCCAGAACCAGAAGGAAAAAGGAGCCAAAAAGACAUCAUACCUGGUUAUGCUGACCCACCACGGUACAACCCAACGCCAGAAGGAAAAAGGAGCCAAAAAGAUAUCAUACCUGGUUAUGCUGACUCACCACGGUACAACCCGGCACCAGAAGGAAAAAGGAACCAAAAAGACAUCAUACCUGGUUAUGCCGACUCACCACCGUGCAACGCAGCACUAGAGGGAAAAAGAAGCCCAAAAGGUAUCAUACCUGGUUAUGCCGACCCACUACCGUACAACACAGCACCAGAAGGAAAAAGGAGCCAAAAAGGCAUCAUACCUGGUUAUGCCGACCCACCACCGUACAACCCACCCCCAGAAGGAAAAUGGAACCAAAGAGGUAUCAAAGCUAUUUACGUCGGUUCGCCACUGUACAACCCAGCACCAGAAGAAAAAAGAAGCCGAAAAGACAUUAUACCUGGUUAUGCGGACUCACCACCGUACAACCCAGCACCAGAAGGAAAAAGAAGCCAAAAAGACAUCAUACCUGGUUAUGCCGACUCACCACCGUACAACCCAACACCAGAAGGAAAAAAGAGCCAAAAAGACAUCAUACCUGGUUAUGCCGACUCACCACCGUGCAACGUAGCACUAGAGGGAAAAAGAAGCCAAAAAGCUAUCAUACCUGGUUAUGCCGACCCACUACCGUACAACCCAGCACCAGAAGGAAAAAGGAGCCAAAAAGGCAUCAUACCUGGUUAUGCCGACUCACCACCGUACAACCCACCCCCAGAAGGAAAGAGGAGUCAAAAAGGCAUCAUACCUGGUUAUGCCGACUCACCACCGUACAACCCAGCACCAGAAGGAAAAAGAAGCCGAAAAGACAUCAUACCUGGUUAUGAGGACUCACCACUGUACAACCCAGCACCAGAAGGAAAAAGAAUCCAAAAAGAUAAUACCUGUUUUGUAUAG